ACUCCCUACAGAGGAGUGGAAACAACAAUAAGACCCCUCUACAGUAGUAGGGAUCUAAUAUUGGCACUGAAGGCAGCUGGUGUGCUGUCUCCUGUAAUUUUAGAGCACACCGAUGCAGAGGAAAGAUUUAAUGGGUAUUGGUCAGCGUACUCUCUUGUGAAGGCGUAAGGGAAACCGACAGAACGAGGGAGCAGAGAGGGAGGGCAGCGAGGGAGAGGACGGUGAGGAGAGGAGAGGAGCUGAGAUAGAAAGGCAGCGUUUCAAGGCUGCUGUGGCUCAGACGUAAAGUCGGGCAACUAUCUGUGGCAGCAUGACCCUUCUAGCUGUUGGACUGUGUCUGCCACUGUGGUUUUCUUUUUGCCUGGCUCAGUCCUCAUUUCUGGACAGCUUCCUGUCAUUCCCAGCAGCUCUCAGAUCCCAGGAGCAGCAGAAGAGAUUUAACCCAUGCUGUUUACUGAGUCCUCCACCACCCCCGCUCUUCCCUCCACCCCCUUCACUUUGGCGCCGCCACACACUUGAAGAAGGCGGUUCACAUCAUGGCAGUGAGUCUGGCCUUAAGAGUAAAGGUUCUGCCUGUGUCCAGGGCCCGCCUGGUCCUGCUGGACCUCCUGGGCCUCAGGGUCCCCCUGGAUUUCCUGGAAUGAGAGGGCCUAAAGGAGAAAAAGGAGAAAUUGGAAGACCUGGGCAAAAGGGUCGGACUGGGCCUCCUGGGCUUCCUGGGCAACAGGGACCUGCAGGAUGGCCGGGACCACCUGGGGACAAAGGUGAGAAAGGUGACCCAGGUUUGAUGGGUUUGCCCGGAUCUCGAGGAGCGAUGGGGCCAAGGGGUUUACCUGGGUACAAAGGGGAAAAGGGGUCCCGAGGUGAUCGUGGUGAGCAUGGAGUUAGAGGAGACAAGGGCGCCAUGGGUUUCCCAGGAAUGCUUGGACAAAAGGGUGAAAUGGGUCCAAAAGGAGAGCCUGGAAUCUCAGGAAACAGAGGACCGACAGGCCGGCCUGGAAAGAGAGGAAAACAGGGACAGAAAGGAGAUCCUGGGAAAACUGGACCUAUUGGACCUGCAGGUCCUCAGGGAUCUCCUGGUCACCCCGGACCUCCUGGUUCACCUGCCGCAGGGCUCUACAUGGUUGGAGCAAAAGGGGCUCGAGGUCCACCGGGUCCUCCUGGGAACUGUGGCUGCAGCUCCCUCAGCACUUCACCAUUUGAUGACUACGCCAACACAGGAAGCUAUCCCAAAGUGCCUGUUAUAUUUGUGGUGAGUAACGAGGAGGAACUGGAGCGCCUUCACACCGACAACGCCCUCGCAUUCCGAAAAGACCAGAAAACGCUCUAUUUCAAAGACAUUGAUGGCUGGCUGCCAAUCCAGACCUUUCCAUUCCAGAUGAUGCCCUUCCAGUCCAUGGAAAACGCACCUGACGAUGAAGGUUACUGCGGUGACGGGAUAGUGCAGAUCUCCAACGGGGAGGAGUGUGAUGACCGGAACAGAGUUGUCACAGACAGCUGCGUCAAGUGUAAACACGCUAACUGUGGAGACGGAUACCGCUAUGAAGGGGCUGAAGAGUGUGAUGGAAAAGACUUUGGAUACCAAACGUGUAACUCAUAUCUUCCAGGGUCUUAUGGUUUCCUCAAGUGCACACGGUACUGUGUUAUUGACUCCACGAACUGCAAAUUCUUCACUUGAGGAGGGAUCUGGAUUGUGCAGACGGAUCCUUUGUGUAAUGCUGCUCGACACGUGACGGGACUGUUUUCAUGCAAACGACGAAAAAAAAAACAUAACACGAAAAAUGCCCUGUAAAAGCAAAA